CGCGCUCCCUCCCGCCUCGGCGGCCACGCCCGGCUGUGUUAUCACUUCCGGGGCGGGGCCUGGAGACCGGAAGUGUGUCGCGCUCGCAAGAUGGCGACUCCCUAUGUGACGGACGAGACCGGGAAGUACAUCGCGUCCACGCAGCGGCCCGACGGCACCUGGCGGAAGCAGCGGCGGGUGAAGGAGGGCUACGUGCCGCAGGAGGAGGUGCCGGUGUACGAGAAUAAAUAUGUGAAGUUUUUCAAAAGCAAACCCGAGCUGCCCCCGGGGCUGAGCCUGGAGGCCCCCGCGCAGCCCGGCAAGCAGCCCGGCAGGGCGGAGAGCGGCGAGGUGGGACUGUCCAAGACUGCCAAAAGGAACUUGAAACGCAAAGAGAAGAGGAAGCAGCAGCAGGAGAAGGGGGAGCGGGACACGGACGAACUGAUCCAGGCACUGGACAAAGCCUCUCUGUCGGGGGGUGGGGACAAGGGCCCUCCGGGGGACAGCGGGGUGGCUGUACCGCAGCCGGCCUGCGGCACCGGGGCCCCCGCGGACGGGGAAGCCGCCGCCGCGGAGAAGAGCAGGAAGAUCAAGAACCUGAAGAAGAAGCUGCGUCAGGUGGAGGAGCUGCAGCAGCGGCUCGACUCGGGGGAGAUCAAGCAGCCGACGAAAGAGCAGCUGGAGAAGCUGGGCCGGAGGAGAGCCCUGGAGGAGGAACUGCGGGAGCUGGACUCGUGAGGGGCGGGCGGGGGGGGGGUGGGGGUGCCCCUGGCCCACAGGCUGGCCGGGCCCAGCGCUCACCCUGGGGCCUGGUGCUGUCAGGGGUUUUUAACAGGGCGGUUGUUCCCCUCUGUCAGUGUCACAGACCCGGCUGCUCCCCAGCACCCAUCCUGCUUUGGCUGAGGGGUUUUAUUUUACCUGGGGGGGCUGUGGUGCAUCAGGGUGCUGCAGCCACCCCCCUCCCCAGUCCCUCAUGUUGUGUGUUGUGGACUCUUCCUUCAUUUUUAAACCCCACCCAAGAAUAAAAUGUCAGUAGUGACCCGGUGCCAGGA